AUGGUACUCGAAAGGUUGUUCGCACAGUGGGGUACUAGAGUCCUCGCUCCGAAAGAGGUGUCCGCAGCUGAAUAUGUAUUCGAGCUGAAGCCUCAGGGCAGUAGUGUUGAUAUAAGCUAUGUUCGAGAGUUGGUCUCCUAUGGUACGUUCAAGUUCCAAUGGCGAUGUCCACAGCUCGGCAGUGCAUCGGACUCGAUACUUGGCGUGCGGCAAAAAUUGGAGCUUCGGCCCAUCCCCCAACAAGAACUAGACUUGCGCAUUGCAGUCACAGACGAAGCACCUCCAAGGGUUGAUGGUCUGCCCAAAGGAGUGCUCGCUGCAACUGUGGAGAAGCCGUUCUCAGUCGAAGUUAAAGUUGUGAAUAACUCCGACAGGGACAUUGUGGUGGGCAUAGACUACGACGUUGAUGGGAUGGCCGAGUUGCAAAUGGCGGGUCUCACGGAACGGACCCUGGGGGUAGGGAUCGCUGUUGGUUCCGACUGUGUCAUGAUCUAG